AUGCAUAAACUUCCUGAUUGUUCUUCGUUUGCUUGCACAUCUGCGUUUGUUAGCAGAAAUUCAUGUCGUAAACAUAUGGUUAGUGGCGGUGAUGCUUCUGUGUUGCUUGCUUCUUACAAUUGUGGAUAUUGUGAUUGUGUUUGCGAGUUCUGUGGAGCCUUCUUUUGGUACAUUGAAAGGAUUGUCAAUUUGUCAAGUGUUGACCAUCCUAGGUAUAAUCGUUGUUAUAAGUCUGGGUCUGUUGUGCUUGCUUAUCCUCAUACACUGCCUAUUGAAAUUUAUGAUCUUUAUAUGAAUAAAGGUUUUUUGAAUGACAUUAGAGUGUAUAACAAUAUGUUUUCAAUGACCUAUUUCGGAGAAAAUGUUGAUGAAGAGAUCAACAAUGGCGAGGUCCGUAUGUGUAUAAAAUUUCAGGUCAGGUUUAUCAUUGGAUUGGUUCUAUGGGUCUGCAAGAUGUGCACAGACCUAGGUUCUUAUAGUUUUAUAUCUUCGACAAUGACAAUGAAGUUCAUAAUAGAACGAAUAUAUUUGACUCCCAUAAGAGAACUCAAUUCUAGUAUUAUUCAUCUUCUUAUGCAAUGCCUAACGACCCACAAUGAAUAUGUUCGCACUUUUAAAACAGCUAAAGAAAUAGCAGCCACUAUGAACAUUGAUUCAUGUUUUGUUCAUUUCUAUAGCGAUGUACCUGAUCAUAGAUACGUUCUGCAAGUUCCUGGUUCUUUAGGAUAUAUAGUUACUGGGGAUGAUAGUAAUUGUAGCACAGUGUAUUGUAAUCCAGACUAUUUCAUUAUGUUUACAUGUAAUGUAAAAUGGCCUGGAAUAGUUUGUUAUGUGGAUAUUCAUGGUCAGCAUGAUACUAAUAGAAGGGAUGAUAUCAUAGCUAGAGUGUUUGAAAUAAAUGUUGAUUCUUUUAUCAAGUUUCUAAAAGAGGAUAAAACAUUCGGUGAAGUUGACAUAUAUCUCUAUACUAUCGAGUUUCAGAAAAUAGGGCUUUCGCGUUGUCAUACAUUACUGUGGGUGGCAUCUUUGGAAAAAGUCAAAACAAUUGUUAAUAUUGAUAGAAACAUAACAAUAGAGUUUUCGGAUCCAAUUUUGGAAGCAAACAUUCUAUUGAACGUUGACCACAUGUACACUACAUGGGACUUGCGAACUGCUAAACAAAGACUCUCCAUGUAUGAAAGAUGGAAAAUAUAGCCAGUGUUUAUGCAUCCAUCUUCUGGUGAACUAUUCUACCUUCGUAUGUUGCUUUCGUAUCAAAAAGGGUGCAAAUCUUAUGAAGAUGUUCAUACAAUUGUUGGUUCUCUCCAUCGGACUUUUAGAAGCGCAUGUAAUGUGUUAGGACUAAUAGGUAAUGCCAUUGAAUGGAUGACUACUUUCACAAAGGUAUCAUCAGGGGCAACAUCAUUUCAGCUCCGGUCUCUAUUUUGUCAUCUAUUUUUAUUUUGUGAGGUUAGUAACUCACUUUCCUUAUGGGAAAUUGCAUGGCAUAAAAUAACCAAUGACUAUAUUCAUAACAUGAGAAUUGAAUUCCCAGGAAAACAUUUCCAUAUAGAUGAUGAGGUUGUUCAGCAAUAG